GAGGUUGAGCUGGGAGUGAAAAGAAGGAUGCAGUAGUGUGGGAAGGGUUAGAAGAGUCCAGCCACUGAGCUAAAAUAUCAAAAGUGUGUGUGUGUGUGUCUUUCAUCUGAAGAGGGGACCUGGGCAGGACUGGUUGCACAGUCCCCCAGAGCUUAAAACGGGGUAGUAGGAACUACACGCUACAGUUCUGAGCUGCCAUGUGUGUGCUGAGAAUUGAAUCCAGAUUCCUUGGGAGAUUAGCCAGUGCUCUUACCCUCUGAGCCAUCUCUCCAGCCCCCUCACCCUGUGACAAGAAUGGUGGUCCUUGUCAAAGAUGAUUGCAUGGAAGAUUCAUACUCUUGGAAUUCAACUCACCCUUGAAACAGGGUCUCACUAUGCAUGUAGCCCAGGCUUCGCUGAAGUCACAAUCUUUCAAAGUGCUGGGGCUACAGGUUCCCGAGGGCAAAGUGGUCGUUCUGAAUUUUCGAUUCAUAGACCUCGAGAAUGACAACCUGUGUCGCUAUGACUUCGUGGAUGUGUACAACGGCCACGCCAAUGGCCAGCGCAUCGGACGCUUCUGUGGCACGUUCCGACCUGGAUCGCUCGUAGCCAGUGGCAACAAGAUGACGGUACAAAUGAUUUCCGAUGCCAACACUGCUGGAAGUGGCUUCAUGGCAACGUUCUCCGCAGCUGCACCGGAUGGAAAAGGAGACCGGUAUUGUGGAGGACGCCUUGAAAAACCUUCCGGUUCCUUUAAAACUCCCAACUGGCCAGACCGAGAUUACCCCGUAGGAGUUACUUGUGUGUGGCACAUCAUAGCUCCGAAGAACCAGCUUAUAGAGUUAAAGUUUGAGAAGUUUGAUGUUGAGCGUGAUAACUACUGCAGAUACGACUACGUGGCUGUGUUUAACGGUGGGGAAGUCAAUGAUGCCAAAAGAAUUGGAAAGUACUGUGGGGACAGUCCACCUGUGCCGAUCGUGUCUGAGAGAAAUGAACUUCUCAUUCAGUUUUUAUCAGACUUAAGUUUAACAGCAGAUGGAUUUAUUGGUCACUACAAAUUCAGGCCGAAAAAAUUUCCCACGACCACAGCCACACCCAUCACUACCACGGUCCCUGUAACUACAGGUUUAAAACCCACUGUGGCCCUGUGUCAGCAAAAGUGUAGACGGACGGGGACUCUGGAGAGCAAUUAUUGUUCAAGCAACUUCGUGUUAGCCGGCACAGUGAUCACGACGGUCACUCGAGGUGGGAGUCUGCAUGCCACGGUCUCAAUCAUCAGCAUCUACAGGGAGGGCAACCUGGCCAUUCAACAGGCUGGCAAGAACAUGAGUGUCAAGCUCACAGUGGUCUGCAGGCAGUGCCCCCUUCUCAGACGAGGUCUCAAUUACAUUAUUAUGGGACAAGUGGGUGAAGACGGACGUGGCAAAAUCAUGCCAAACAGCUUUGUCAAGAUGUUCAAGAAUAAGAAUCAGAGGCCCAUGAACGCUCUGAAGAACAAGCAGUGUUAGGCUGAGCUCUGUCACAUAACCUGAACUCGCUCAUCACGGCUGAACGAUCUGUUCUCCCCACGUAGAAAAAAACCCAUAAUCUUUAAUACUGAGCACUCUGAGAGAUGGAGUUACUCAUGCGAUGGACGGUGAGCCCUGCCCCCAUUUCGCUGGUGGAAGACCUGCGCCUCCGCCGUGAGGUCAGAUAUCUGCGAACACUCCCACCCACUGCCUGACGGGAAACAGCUGCAAACAUCAGCACCGGCCACGGGAAGCUUACACAUUCAUCUCCCUAGGAGGAUAUUCUAGAGUCGAGUUGGAUGAAGAUAUAAAAAGAAUUUUAUAAAGUGCAAUAUUUAUAAUGAUAUUUGGUUACCUUCAAGCAUUUGCUCUAAGGUGUCACAUUCUUUUUUCUCUUUCAUUUUUUUUAAGUCAAUGCUUAAUAAAGUAUUUUAAAUGAUUAUAA